AAUUGGACUAACGCCUCUGUUGAUAUCGAGAAACUCUUUUAAUGUAAUGUAUAAAAAAAAUAAAAAAAAAAUAUGGAAAACGGUCAUUUAAAUUGAGAGUGUAAUCAAGGCAGAUUGGGCAGCAGCGUCGUGUCGCGUCACACCUAUUUUUUAGUCGGCGAGAGCAGCAGUAGUGCACCGCGUAGCGUUUGGAUCGGAUUGCAUAGGAUAAGGCAGCAGGAGCCAGUGGCAAGUGGCAAGUAGCGAGUAGCAAGGAGCAAGUAGCAGGCGCAGGAGCAGCUAGUUCCCAUCAUCAGUCAUCGGGAGUCAUCCGGCGACCGCAGAGCCGACUCGAGUUCCAAAACACCAUAGCACCAGAGCUGCAGAACAUCCGAACAUCUAAACAUCUGAACAUCUGAGUCCCCGGAAUCAGCAGGCGGAGCACAAUAAAACGGGGCAGCAACAAUAACAAUCGCUACUCAACUACGCACCGAUUGACGCCCGACCGCCCACCCCCCGUCCUCGACACCUCCUCGCCACCUCCUCCCCACUCCUCGAGCACCCGCACUUUUGGCACAAACACCGAAACACCAAAACACACACACUCACACACCAGCACACACACUCGCACACUCCGCACACACACACACACUUAUCAAGCGAACGACAAAAAAGCGACCGCAUUUAUCAUCCGCCCAUCGCAAAUCGCACAUCGCAUUGUUUGCUAUUGUUGUCUGCUCCGUUUUUCGCACGCGAAGGAGCAGACAAAGAGGACGCGCCAAGGAGGCGGAGAAGUGCAGAAGGCGGUGGUGGAGCAGGAGCUGGCGCAGCAGCAGGCGCAGGUGGACAAAGGUUCGUCGCCCAGUUAAAUCCACCAGCAUCUAUGGGUCAAAAGGCGAGCACUCCGGCGACCAGUGGCCAACAGAGCCCACGCUCCAGGACAUUCUCGAGCAGUUCGACAGGAGCCGCUGAUGCGGCGCUGCAGCAGCAGCACCAGCAGAAUCCCGGCCAAAAUCGUGGCGCCGGCAAUGACUCCAGCGGUCAGGGUUUCAAUCUGCUGCGCACUUUGCCCGGCCUGCAGGUGUACCACAACCAGAACUCCACGUCCAUCGAUCGCCAGCGGGCGCGGAGUCUGAGCUCCGUGCCGGAUAUUCAGCAACAGGCGCAGCAGCAGCAGCAGCAGGGAUCGAUCACCUCGUCCGGCAGCAGUCCGCACUCGCAUCCACAUGCGGCGCACGGACACCCGCCCGUUGGUGUCUCCGUAUCCGUGUCCGGGAAUGCGAAUGCGAAUGCCAAUAGCAACAGCAGCUUCGCGGCCGCCGGGAACAACAAUGGAUCCGCCACACAGUCCUACAUGCAGCAGAGGCGCACCCUCGGCGAUUCCAUAAGGGACAUGUCAAUGACCGGCGGCAACAUCGCCGAGAGCAUCGCCCUGGCCGCUUCCGCCACGUCCGCCAAUGGGAUCGGUCGUGUCUACACAGCCACCUCGCUUCCAUCGCACAUUUGGUCCUUCAAUGGUAUCAAGUGCCCCGUGUGCAAUAAGUUUGUGUUGCCGGACGACAUCGAAUGCCAUUUAGUCAUGUGCCUAACAAAACCACGACUCUCAUAUAACGAGGACGUUCUCACGGACGCCAAGGGCGAGUGCGUCAUCUGCCUGGAGGACCUGAGUCCGGGGGACACCAUCGCCCGGCUGCCAUGCCUCUGCAUAUAUCACAAAGGAUGCAUCGAUCGUUGGUUUGAGGUGAAUCGCUCCUGCCCCGAGCAUCCUGGAGAUUAGUAAUCCUUGCCAGGUCUCGCCGAGUUGUUUGUGUGGUGCGUUAUGCAAGCGAGGAGGAGGAGUUAUGGAGCAGGAAUCGAUAUGGAGCAGCGACUGGAACUGGCCAGCUGGACGCAGUGCGAGGAUGGGUCCAUUCUCUGGGUUGGGACGGAGAUCCCAGGCCCAGUGACCAAAAACUUUGCACCAUGUAUACCAUUUGCAGCCUUUCAACACCGCGACCAGCUGGAGCUUGUAAACAAAAAGCGGAGUAUAUGGGAUAAAGGAUGGUACAUAGGAGAGGCUAUGCCACAAAAUGCUGAUCUUGAGAGUGGGAUCGAGGCAUCGAUCAUUUGACCUACCGACCGACAGACCGAGAAACCGAUCGACCGCUGGUGGAACCCAAACACACACAAAUCAAUUGAAACAAAUUAAUUUACAAUGCUAAACUGGCA